AUGGCCGGUCCGCUGAAAGGUUUCGCACAUCUAGAAAGCUUCUCAGAGCUCCGGCAAUGGUCCGAAGAUGGCGUUCGUCCCCUUCAGAGGGCAAAUACGCCGAUGUUCCCACGACCGAACAGCAAAAAGCAGCCGAGCAAUGCUGGGUCUCACGUGAUGCUAGUUCACGACUAUGCUGGCGGAUACAAUGAUUACGAGGCCUGUCAGGGCGCUCAGGUCCAAGGAGAACUGUACACAUGCGACUAUUUGCAUAACGUCGAAUCUUUUGUCUAUUUCUCCCAUCGGCUGGUCACCAUUCCGCCACCUACAUGGACCAACACAUGUCAUAGAAACGGUGUUAAAGUACUGGGCACUUUCAUCGUCGAACCGGGCACAAGUGAUGUCAGAUGCAUUUUGGAACAGGAUGCAGGAAUCUCUUGGGUCGCAGAGAGACUCGCUCGCAUUGCCAAACAUCACGGCUUCGACGGCUGGCUCAUCAACAUCGAAGCCUCCUUUCCACUUCUAUCCUGGAGCCGUCCAAAGCUCGAACAAUUCCUUGGACAGCUGCGUGAGUCCCUUGGUCGGCAAGGGAAAGUGGUUUGGUAGGUUCCGCAUUUCUAUCAUCUUUUUUCUAUUGCCUCUUUCUUGACUCACUAUCUCAGGUACGAUGCCCUGACUACUCUCAAUCUCGUUUGGUAUCAAAAUACGCUGAACUCACUCAAUCUACCAUUCGCUCUAGCAGCCGGCUCUAUACUGACAAAUUAUGCUUGGAAUCCGGACCUGGCACGAAGAGGAAAGCGGACAGCAGAGCAGAGCGGUCUUGGUGUCGACGCUCUUUAUUUUGGCAUUGACGCAUGGGCGCAAAACGUACAGCAUGACACAAAGCACUCGAGGAAGACGUGGCCAUCACCAGGAGGCGGAGGUACAGGCACCGGAGUAGGAAUGCGAGACCUGCAACAGAUCAAGUCUCACGAUGGCGAUGAUCUAGAGGAAGCGACGCUUGGCACUGGAAUCUUUGCUCCAGGCUGGUCCUUUGAACACUUUCCAGACCACAGAAGGGCGAUUGACGAGGCAAUGUGGUUGGGUCGGCGCCUCCCCGACAAUAUUACAUGCGACUGCGGCCCUGAAGCCUUGCAUGCCAGCGUGGACUACGAGCAUAACGGUAUCGCUGAGUACGCAAAAUCUUGUCCCUCGGGAACGAAAUCAUUCUUCCACACCAACUUCCAACGAGCCAUCUUCAAGAGCCCUGACGGGACUUUGUGCGCACAUCUUGGCUCUCAAUCAAUUCUGCCAAAAGACAGAUCAGUGCACCUGAUCGGAGCGAAUGGCAAUCUAUACGGGUUGCUCAGAACCUCUUUAGCAGACUCGCCUUCCCGAUGCAUACUCUCCAUUGAGAAGAUACCAGAAGUGAAAUGGUUGGAUCCCUGUGCUCGUGCCAGUCUCACCCUCGCGGAUCUCGGCAUCUCACAAAAUAGCAGCUAUCAGCUCACCGUCAAGUAUCGAAAACUGCGGCCGUCGGAAUACAUAGCAAGACUUGUCGUCCGUCGGCAUGGCAUGCAGCAAGCAGAUUUGCGCAUCAACUUGCCUACGACGACCGACAUUACCACGCUUUCCAGGUCCUUCGGGCACGACAAUAGCACCAUUUCCAGUGCUCAGCUUGAGGUUGAUGUCGCGGAUGCGAACACAUUGCAGUCCAAAAAGACGGACAUUGUGGAGAUACACGAGAUCACAAUCCAACCAAAGGAAAGUCUUGGGUUGAAGUGUCAUGUCGACGACAUAAGUCUUGAGAUCUGCGAAGAUGCGACCAACAGAAGUGGAAGGCUGGUAUGGUCAAUCACGAAUUCCGAAACUCGCCAUCACUCCGGAAGCCUUGCAAAUCGCGGGUUGCCCUUCAGCGAGGUGACUGGCCUUUGUAGCCACUUCGAUGUCAAGAUCAACGGCGAAGAGGCUGGGAGAGCGUAUGCUUUGGAAUACAUUCUGAACGAUCACACCUUAUCCAGGCCCGAGAAUGCUGAAGCAAUGAGUGUCGAAAUCACUGCGAUUGGCUUCGACGGUAUUGUUCUUGGUACGAAACAAGCCCUGCUUGCGGAACGCGACGCGUGGGUGGUUGUGUCUAGCUAG